AUGAAUUUAUGGAGUCUCCUUCACACCAGCCACCUGCAACAGACCCUCCCAAUCUCCGUACAGGAAGCUCUGCCCAUUCAUUUAUGUGAACUGAGAAUUUUUAUAUUUUGUUUUUCUCUAGGCAUAAAACUGAUAGUAACUCUGCUAGGAGUAAUCAUCACCCUCUGCUUAGUUGGGCCAUUGGACUCAUUAAAUCAGCACUUAGAAGUGCUAUCAGACUCAUCUCUCCUGAGCAGCAUAAAUGAAGCCAGGCAGCUGGUGGAUGCAGCGUACUUACAUGCCCGAAAAAGCUUAAAGCAAAAACUAGAGGAAAAAGUUGCCAGCCCUAUGGAUUUCCUGAAGCACUUAAAGGAGCCUGUAGGAAGAACCAAAUCUGCAGUCCGUGCUGCCGACUAUUUGGAAACUACCUUGAAACUCCUCAAAGGAAAGCUGCAGCUGCCUGGGAAGGGGAGAUUCAAUGUUACAGACCUCCUAGACAGAAAACAGAAGGAGAUGAUUUUCAGAGAAACUGGCUGUGACUGUCAGAUUCAUUCUAUUAAAUGCCCAGAGGAUGAUAGUUACCGGACCAUUACUGGAGAGUGUAACAACAGAAAGCAUUCUCAUUUGGGGGCCUCCAACCAUGCAUUUGCUCGCUGGCUCCCAGCAGCAUAUGAAGAUGGAGUGUCUGUUCCCAGAGGAGUAAGUGAAGGAAAGCUUUACAAUGGAUUUCCACUCCCACUGGUUCGAAAAGUGUCCAAUGAAAUUGCUCGAACAGGCAAUGAGAACAUUACUCAGGAUCAGGAGCUCUCUCUUUUCUUCAUGCACUGGGGCCAGUGGGUCAACCACGAUAUAGACUUAGCCCCUUCCAGUGGUGCAGGAGCAAACCCGGAUCUUCACUGUGAGACCGACUGUACCUUCAAGUCCCCUUGCUUCCCAAUCAAGUUCCCCCCUGAUGACCUACGGGUGCUGAGAUCAAAUUCCUGUAUGCCAUUCAUCCAGUCAGCUUCAGUGUGCAAUCCCAGGACAUUUACCCGUGAGCAGAUCAAUGCAGUCAGCUCAUUCAUUGAUGCCAGCAUGGUGUACGGCAGUGAAGACUCCGUGGCAAAGAGUCUUAGAAAUCAGACCAGCCGGAUGGGUUUGUUGGCUGUGAACCAGAACUUCACUGAUGCAGGGUUGGAAUUAUUGCCCUUUGAGAACAAAACAAAAAGUGUUUGUGUACUCACAAACAAGAGUAUGAACAUCCCCUGUUUUAAAGCAGGUGACAAACGGGUAACUGAAAACCUGGGACUUUCUGCUCUGCACACUGUCUUUCUCCGAGAGCACAAUCGCCUGGUUACAAAGCUGGGGAAGUUAAAUCCUCACUGGGAUGGAGAAAAGCUUUACCAAGAGAGUCGAAAGAUCGUAGUUGCCAUGACCCAGAUAAUAACAUACAGGGAUUAUCUUCCACUUGUGCUUGCAGAGGAGACUAACAGGUGGAUACCCUUGUACAGUGGUUACAAUGAGACUAUGGAUCCUACGGUAUCAAAUGUUUUCUCCCUGGCUUUCCGAUUUGGUCAUACCUCAGUACAGCCUUUUGUAUCCCGUUUAGAUGACAGUUUUCAGCCUAUGGGUUCACUUUCCCACAUCCCUCUUCAUUUGACAUUUUGUGCUUCUUGGAGAAUUAUAACAGAAGGUGGUGUUGACCCUCUGAUACGAGGCAUGGUUGUUGAUCAUGCAAAACUAAUGAAACAGAAUCAAAUUCUUGUUGAGGAGCUCCAGAACCACCUUUUUGAACAGACUGCUGUAAUGGGUCUGGAUCUAGCAGCCCUGAACUUGCAACGGGGAAGAGACCAUGGCCUUCCAGGUUACAAUGCCUGGAGGCGCUUCUGUGGGCUCUCCCAGCCUCAAAGUGUAGAGGAACUCUCUGAGGUGCUAGGCAACUCCAAAUUGGCCAAGAAGUUCAUGGACUUGUAUGGGACACCAGACAAUAUUGACCUUUGGAUUGGAGCAAUUACAGAGCCCUUCAUUCCCCAGGGUAGAGUCGGGCCCCUCCUGGCCUGCAUCAUUGGCACCCAGUUCAGGAACCUGCGUGACGGAGACAGAUUCUGGUGGGAGAAACCAGGAGUUUUCACUCUGCAGCAGUUACAUGCACUGAAAAAAGUUUCACUGUCGAAGGUGAUCUGUGACAAUACUCAUAUCAAAAAGUUACCCCGGAACAUGUUCCAAGCCAGCACUUAUCCUGAGAACUUUGUUGACUGCCAUGAGAUUGACAUGCUCAAUCUCUCAGCCUGGAAAGAUGAACCUGAGAGUGGCAGGAAAGGUACUCAGGGGACUUCCCUUGUCUCUCAAAAAUACUAA